UGCCUAUAUUCCUACAAAACAAACCACCUACUUUCUAACUAUCCCAAAAGCUCAAAAACCACUUGGAGAAAUGGCUUCAAGGGCUUUCGCAACAACAGCUCUUCUCCUUACCUUGAACCUUCUCUUCUUCACUUUGGUAACUUCCACUCACUCCCCAAAAGCCUGCCCACCCCCACCUCCAUCGCCCUGCCCACCACCACCUCCAUCUCCCUGCCCACCAUCACCGAAGCCUCCUACUCCAUCAGGCACGCCACCUAAGAAGGCAACUUGCCCAAAAGACACUCUCAAGUUGGGUGUGUGUGCUGAUUUGCUCAAUGACCUUGUCCACCUAGUCGUCGGAACCCCACCCAAGACACCAUGCUGCACCCUCAUCGGCGGCCUUGCCGAUCUUGAGGCUGCUGUCUGCCUUUGUACCGCCAUUAAAGCUAAUAUCUUGGGAAUCAACCUCAACGUGCCCGUCUCUCUCAGCCUCUUGCUUAACUACUGUGGAAAGAAGGUCCCCUCCGGCUUCCAAUGCUCCUAGAUUUAUCUUCUUGAAUUUAUCAAAGUUUUAUACUUCAGUUAACUUGCUGUAUUAAGAAGUUAUAUGAUUGUGAUUGAUACGUGUAAAGAAUCAUGGACGUAUAUGGUUCAAGAAUAAACUUAUAUGUAAUUUUAAUGAUUUUACGAAAUCUUAAUUAAA